GAAGAAGAAGAAGAAGCAGAAUCUUGAACUCCCGCUCGAUGUGCUGGUGGAGUUUGUUUAUUUCUCAUUUUUAAAGUUUAUCUGUUUGUGAUCGUUAAUCGUGUCUCCGGUCGGACAGCAGAGGAGAGACUGGAACCGUCCAGAUCCGGACAUGGACUCGUUCCUGAACCACUUCAGACCGAGCAGCGAGGCGGAGGUGCUGUGGUUAAAGGGCGUGUUCACAUUCAUCGCAGGUCACGUGUGUCCUCUGCUGUCUGACCACACCCCUUCAGCUGCUGACGACACAGAGACAAGUUUUCAGUGUCGGCUGAGUGUUUCCGUGGUGAAGACAAUCCAGCAGAGGACACCUGUCAAUCACACCUUACCUGUCAGUUACAGGAUGGUGUCUGUCUCUGAGCUGGUUGCCCAGCAACACAUGGCCUGUGUCAGCAAUCUGUCCUGGAGCACCAAUCAGCACCGAGCUUGGGUGAGGGAGGCGGAGCUUGCGCAUCCAGGCCUCAAAGCUGUGUCAAGGGUCAACCUGCUUCUGAUUGGCUGUCUGAGAGAGGGGCGGGGUGAUGAGUGGACACUAACAGACGCCAGUGGGAGUGUCAGGUGUGAGUCUCUGUCUCUCUCUCCGAAGUGUCUCAAUCGUCUGGUUUUCUUGACUCACUGGAACUACAUCCCCCAGCAUGCACCGGGCCACAGUCAGGAUGAAGCGGCUGGAGGCUUCGUGGAGCUGAUUGACUCUUCAGUGCUGCUGUGGCCUGAUCCUGACCAGGGAUUGGUUGUGGAUCCUGGAGGAGGGGCAGUACUUAGGGGUGCAGUUGGGGUCAGAGAGGCUGUUGAUUUUCUGCAGGACAGGCAGCCGGGCCGGCGUCUGUCUGUGUGUGGACGUGUGUCUUCUGUCUGUCCCGUGCUGACAAUCUCUGGAACGACUUUUUUCUUCUUCACGCUGACAGACGGCAGACGCUCUCUACCAAUACUGGUCAAGGUCGGAGUUAUUUUAACUCUUUUCUGUCAUAAUCUUUCUGUUCCUCACCACAGGAGGCAGCAAAGCAAACAAAAACACUUAACCUUCAACUUUAAUGAAAAUCAUUUGGCUACUUUUUGA